AUGCAAACAGAUUGCGAGUUUAAGAAAUUCGAAGUCAAGCAGAUCAACAUGGGUGAUGGUGAUGCUAGUGUUAGAGAUAUAAUAUUGAGCGGUUGUGGUUCUGAUUUUGAUCCAGAAUGGGCAAGCCUUCCUCUGCUCGUUGUGUUUUUGGUGCUUGAUAAGUUGAUGGAACCCAUCGACCAUGUGCGAUUUGCUGCCGUUUGCAAAGAAUGGUCUUGUCUUGCGAAAGACUACAAUCGUUCAACUUAG